AUGCUUUGCUCUUGCAUAGCACUUUGCUGCACCAUCUUCAUAUACACCUGUGCACCUGCAGCCGGUGGUUCUGGGGCACCUGAGAACAAAGGUUUUCUCAAUGGGAACGAGAUCCCUGAGCUCUUCACCCUGCAGAACCUAAUUGGACGCGCCAUCGCAACUAUGUUGGCUAAUGUCACCGGCUAUCCUGUUGGUCGUGAAGGGCCCACGGUCACGAUGGGCAGCAACCUAGCUUACCUUAUCACGCACGUGGCUGCAUUGCCAUUUGUUCGUCAGUGGGUGGAUAUUGAUGCGCCCGGUUCUGCCACGUCUGCCGCCACGAUGAUCGAUGAGGAUCGUUUUGAGCAUGCGAAACGGAUUGUGUGCACAGUUGGCGGGGCUUGUGGUAUGGCAAUGCUGUUUGACUCUCCCAUCGGUGGCAUUGUGUAUAUGUUCGAAGAAAUCACGUCUUCGUCUUGGCCAGUGGAGGUCACCUUCCGGGCCUUCGCCGGCACAUCUGUUUGUGCCUUGGUGUCAAGGGCCUUGCUGAACAUGUGCGGGACAUCAACGAAGGCUUUCGUGAUCUAUGAAUGGAAUCCACAGCCUACUGGAUGGAGCUGGCGUGAUGUGCCCUUUUUUAUGUUGCUCGCUGUGAUGAUUGGCCCUUUCAGCGCUUUCCACACCCGAGCGUGUUUGGCAGUUGCUGCUGCGAGGCAGAAGCUGAUGAAGCGGUUUUCCUCCUACGAACCCUUCAACAAGAUGGCCGAUGCAGUGCUUUACGGAGGGCUUGUGGCACUGACUUAUUCGCUGGUAGCUCUGUCGGCUAAUUGCAAACACACCGCGCAAGAUGCAGUACAGUUUGUGCGGUAUGAUUGCGAGGAAGGAAAAUACAAUCCCGUGGCCUCGCUAUUGUUAACCACCUCCGAGGGCGCCGUAAAGCGGCUCUUCUCGAGGCAUGACGCCAACGAAAUUCAUUUCAGGAACGAACUUCUAGCAUUUUUGUCCUACACGAGCCUGAACAUUGGCCUUACAGGGGUCCAGGUGCCAUCUGGAAAUUUUACCGGCUCUAUGCUCAUUGGUGGGCUGAUCGGCCGCAUGAUGGGCGCUUUGGUGCGGGACUACGGCCCGGGAAUGGCGGUGUCCGGUGUGUAUGCAAUGGUUGGCAGUGCCUCCAUGCUGUGUGGUUUCAAACAAAUGGCAGUGGCGGUGGUGGUUUUCAUCACAGGAGCUGCCAAUGACCUCGGCCUGGUGCCUCCAUUGAUGCUAGCGGUGACCAUCUCUUUGCUCCUGAACAAGCAAAUCAAUGAAAGGGGCUUCGACGAGGAGCAGAUUCUAAGGAAGGCCAUUCCUUUUCUGCCACCUGAACCACCACGUCUCAUGGACCGGGUUCUGGCCUACGAGCUGCGGGACGACUUGCCCCCAGAAGCCACACUGGAGCCAGAGGCAGAUUAUAGAAGCAUUGAGGCUGCACUUGAACAAGACAAGGUUGAUUGCUUUCCUGUCUUGAAAGAUGGUCACUGCAUUGGGUUCACCACCCGAGCACGUCUCCAAGCUGCACUGGAAGUUUGGAAGGCCACGGGCUUCGUUGAAGCGGGAGGAGCGCGACCACAGGCUCUUUCAGAUGCUGGUGGGGAGCAAAUGGGCAAGUUGAUCUCAGUUACGGUAGCAAGGGAAUCCAGCUUCUCUGGGAAUGUCCUGCCGGUGAAGCGCUUAACCGAAAAGGCUCCUUACACUAUUUUAGAGGAUAUGCCAGGGCCGAGGCUUUAUGCCUUGUUUGCCAAGGCCGGCGCCAAAGCUGCAUCGGUGAUCUCAGAGAAGGGAGAGCAAUGA